GUAACUUAUUAUAAUAAGAAAAAUCUUUAUUCACAAAACUAAAUGUUAUACCUAUAUUUUGAUGUAGAGUUACGUUAUAAAUAACAUUUGGUGUAGUUACUUGUAUCUUACAAAGCAGUUUUUUAUUUUGUUAUUACUAUUUUUUAUUAUACACAAACUCUAUUUUUUUAAACUUGUUUUUCUUUAUGUUGUGUAAAUGUAUCUUGAUUGACUUAGACUUGUUACUUCCGUCCAUUUGAGCUAUAUCAAAUGUUAAUAAUUGUGAGAAGAUGGUCCUCAGUAUUAACUCUCUGCUUCCAAUUUAUUUGAUGCACAAAAUUAUAUUCUAUCUCAAUCGUUUAAGGUACAAAAUGGUGCGGGUCUGGCAAUGUAGCAAUCAAUAACGAGGACUUGGGUUACUCUAAGGAGGCUGACAUGUGCUGCCGAGCGCACGACAACUGCGAGGAUACCAUCGCUGGAGGAGGAACCAAACAUAAUCUGGAGAACGACGCGUCGUACACGAGGUAUUCCUUCCUCUCCAGAUUGAGCUGUUCCUGCGAUUUGGAAUUCCAGAAGUGUCUGCUGUCUGCCGACACGGCGAUGUCUGAGUUUAUCGGCAUGACAUACUUCGAUGGAUUACAGACUAAAUGCUUCAAGAAGGAGUACCCAAUAACCAAGUGCCUACAAUAUGGAGGUUGGUUCAACGAGAAGUGUUUAGAAUAUGAGUUAGAUGAAUCUGGAACACCCACGUACCAGUGGUUCGACGUGCCGAUGUUUGGAAAAUGACAGCAGCAUUAGGAAAUCUAGGCAAAAUUACUUCAAGAUGGAAGAGACUAUAAUCGAAUUACAAUAUAUCUCAAAGCACUUAAAAAGCACUUUUAUUUCAUUAAUUUGAGUUUUGUGUCGUGGUAGCUUUACGGUUCUAUGCAUAGGUUUAUGCGCAGCAGGAGUGAAUGUGACUUUUUCAAACCAGUGACAAACGGUGGUGAAAGUUGAAUCUGAUACCUGAUCGUCAAAUAGCUGUCCUAUGACCCAACAGUAAAAAUAUGAUUUAAAAAUAAGAACAAUGUUGAAAUUAUCUAAUUUGUUCAAAAGAAAGUCUUGUGCAAUCCUAUGUCACAACCCCUAUUUUAUGCUAUAAAGAGUUUGGAAUCGCGUGAUAUUAUUUAUUUCAAGUAUAGUAACUUACCUGAGGUUGAUUCAUACUUAAAUGACACAACGGUUUACUCACGCGAAUUCAUCGGGAUCGGCCGACUAGUUUCAGACCCAUCGGCCUCCUUUAUUAUGAACAAACGCGGCCUCCAAGUCGCGAGUUGCAGUCAGAUCGAACGAGAUCGGAAACUAGUCGGGCGAUUAAAAAAAUAUGUAU